AUGUCUCCUUCAGGGCUGUCAGUGGAGGAAAAUACUUCACGAAUCAUGGAGAAGAUAAUAGAUUGCGGAAUUCUUGAUUCGAGCCCAUCGAUGUCAAGGGCCCCAAAAAACCUUCAACAUACAUUCAACUGUGCGGUCGAUGAUGGGUGGAAUACAGAAGACGACAACGAAAAGUUGCUGGCAGCCAUUAACAGCUGUGGAAUUUUACAGCCAUUUUUAAACCAUAGGAUAGAACAUAAACGUCCGCGUGGACGGCCAAAAAGAAAGGCUAUCAAACGAGCAGGAACACAUCACAAGCAAAUGUUUGCUACGCGUGAAGUGGAGUCCUCCACUCAGAUCCUGCAGCCUAAUCGUCGGAAACAACACAUUAUUCAUGCCACCACCACUACAGUCCUUGAGACGCCGAUAGUGCAACUGCAGGAGGAACAUUCACAACCAUAUGCAGGUGCUCCCUCUUUGAGGUUGAAGGGUGCAUGCUUUCAUCAAGGUCCAACAAGUCAUCACGGAGAGGGAAUCACUGUAGACAAAGAUUUGUGCAUCGAAUUCCAGACUACCAGAGCAGCAUGUGGGAUAUUUAAUAAGGGGGAAGCUGCAAAUCGCAGGGCGGUCACAGUAACGAAGCAGCCCAAUGACACCAGGAGACAGUGGGGACAUUCAGCGACAAUCAGACAACGGGAUACACGUGAUACAGAAUCAAUGCAUGUUGAUGGUCAGGGUGAGACCCAUAACAUUGGACAUGGUGUUGAACGAGAGGUCAUGCAUACCAUUAACUGCAGACCACAGUGGGAUGGGCCUAGAGAUUUGACGGCGUCAGGCGAGAUCGCCCCUCGUGGAUCUUGUGGUGCAAGGCGUAAUCAGGGUGCAGAAGAUGAUGUAUAUGAUGACGAGGGAAUGACUGUGGAAUACGAUAUCACCGAAUUACAAGCUGCUUUAGCAGCCUGUGGAAUUAUGGCUGAGGAGGAAGCUGCACAUGGAAGAAGUGGCGUGGUGGUGAAGCAACCCAAUCAAACCAAGCGACAGCGGGGAAGACCAAAGAAAAAACGGGUUCGACGACAGGAUACUACUGAUUCUGGAAAUAUCGAGCCGAUGCAUCACGACGGUCAGGAUGAGACACAGAACCCAGGACACGGUGUUGGAGGGCAGGUCAUCCAUGCCACUAUUCGCGCAGCACCUGUCAAACCCGUGAAGCCACCAAAUAUAGUCAAGCGACAGCGUGGAAGGCCAAUGAAACGAGCGUCAAGACGAAACCAAAGUAGUAGGUCCAUCACCAUACCGUCAUGGUUGAGUGUGGGGUACGCAUACUCAAGAAACGAUGUAGAUGGUCAUAAUGGGACUCACAACAGGACCGAUUGUGGUGAACGACGAGUGAUUCAUGCCAUAAACGGUCCAAACCCUGGUCCACCGCCAGAAAAACCACGUGUCGUACAAGAUGCGGAUGCUGAUGUACCACGUAACACUGAGAAAUGUGCGAUUGAAGUUCAUGCGGUCAUGACUAUAGAAACAGAUAUGGUCAGUGGCGCUGCAAACACAGUGCACAGACGUAGCAGUGAAUGCCCCAUUCCCGAGGUGUUUUCAGGCCAACAACGACAACAACGUGCAUCAGUGAAAAAAAACAAUGUCGUGAUCACGGCCCAGGACUCGGAGAGCCACAACGAUAUUCAAGAUUACAACCACGUGGAGAAUGAUGUACUGGAGGGUAACCAUCACUAUGAUACUGCAGAAGGAUACUCAGAUGACGACUACCGACCGACGCCCAUAUCACCUUGUGAAAACAUGCGAUCCAUAUCACCCCAGAGGCUUCCUGCUCCACCUAUAUUACUAAGUCCGGAAGACAUUGCGUCUCGUGCGCUGGCGCGGCCAUUGCGGUGGAUGCACGCCGUCGAGAAUUUGCACACGCUCAUGGUAAAAACGUGGCUGGAUUCACAGGUUGCCAACUACUAUUUGGCUCAUGCCUGGUAUGAUCGGCUAGGACGAAGCAAAGUUAGAUUUGUCGACAUGUUUGCCGCAGCUGGGACCGCAACCGAAUGGACUGCUGACGAACUGAAUUUCUUCAGGUUGGACCAUUUUGUAACUGAGGGUCAGUGUCCGAUGAUCCCUGUCGGAUUCAUAGUUCAUUGUAUCAAUCACUUUUUCGCGGUCAUAUUCGACUACAAUCGACGUACGGCCCACGUCCUUGGCCGCUUUAUUUCAGCUGAGGGGAUAACUGCGGCGGCAGAAGGUGGAAAAAAAAAUCCAAAUGACUGGAAUGCCUGGGAUGGGCCUCGGCGGUGGGGCAGCAUUGCGACGCUGCAUGGGUGGAUGGCAGGAGACUCUGAUGAUGUUUGCAUCAUCGCGAAAAACUGGAUCCAAAACGGAGUCGACUGCGGCCCGAUAGCUUGCUCAGUGCUAGAGCAAGCUCUCAGCUCUGGAUUGGAUGAUAAUGGUGAUCUCCCCCUGCAGUCUUUUCAUAUACCAUGCGGACACAUACUGCGAAUUGCUAUGUUGAAGGUUAUUGCAGGUCGAAUCAAGAAGAGCUGCAGUGAUUAUUUAAUGUUCCGGGAUGAACAACAAGACGAGACAGGAGAUUAUAGUUAUAGUGUUCUGAGCGAUGAUGAAAUUCACGCCAUCCACACUGGACAGCAUCAGGCGCGGUGUGUAGCCAUGUUACACACAUUAUAUGUUGCCAGUGCAACAUGCCAGAGUUGCCAUCGCCACCAUGCAUUCCAAGCCAUCCAGAGUCCAAACAGUGCCAAUCAGCAUGUAGAUGAUGAUCACGCCCAUAACGCCACCUCUGAAGUCGACGAAGAAGUCGACGACGAAGCAGAUAACCAAUCGCUGGGAUAUAAGCUCUCUGUUGUUAGGAAGGAGAAUCUUGUAAAGCUGUUGAAAUCGAAUAAGGAAUUACGUGGAUCACGCGAUCGCAAUGCUAUAUCUCGACGUGCCGUCGGAACACAUAUCCCAGUGGCUCCAAACGGGCCUCCUCAACUCAGUCACACUGGCGAUUUGCAGAGAUCUGCGUUCGCCAGAGCGUCUCGUAAAAAGGUUUCCACAUGGAGUCAGGGGAUCAUGGAGCGAUUCCCUCGUCCAACUAUACCGGUGCCACUGUCAGCUUACACAGGCCGUAGAUGGUUGACAGAUGACAAGACUUUUGACGAUUACGAGGGUGGCCCUACUAUAGAGAUGCUCAUACCUCCCAUCUACAUCCAACCAACCAUGAUAUACCACUCUACGGGGAUGGAGUUGUCUGCAGGGUGGGCAUCGUGGGUCGACCAUGGAUACAGGAUCAGGCCAAGUUCGUUCCAAAUGUUCUAUCUAUGCCGGCCAAUCGAAACCAUGGAACACAUCAUGCCAAUCGGUACUACAGAGUUCUAUGAUCCCUCCAACCAGGUUUCUGAUCGCGUGACUGGCGGAUAUAGUUUAGAGAGGUCAGAUUCCAAUCACACUGUAGCGGUAAACGACGUCAUCUGCAUGUCAGCUUCUGAGAUGAUCCGCUUAGCCAAAGAUGAUCCACCUCUCGACCAGCCAUCGGCGUCUGGACGUGAGAUCUUUAUAUGUGGCCGUACACGUUUUUCCGAUGGCGCCAAAUACAUAUGUGUCGAUCUGGAGCGAGAUUCUGUCGCUGUUGAUGUAGAUGACGUGGGGGUCUCGGUGGAUAUCGACAGUAUCAUUUGGACUACCAGUGAAUUCAGACUCAAAGGCACAGUUGGCAUUUAUAUGACGCCGCUCUUUCAGUCAAGGCCAGGUAUCUUCAAGCACAAUCACGUAUGGAUAGACAUACUGAUUCCUCAGUCCGAAGAGGAUUUUCAUGCGCCUGGAGGCAGGACAGAAUGGUUGUCCAAGCGGUUCAACAUGUCGGCCAUCCCCCAUAUUUGCAUUGGACGCAUCUCCAGUGCUUCGUCGAUCCUCAAUUUAUACAUGAUGUUCCCGCGAAUGAUACAUCGGCACCCCAUCAAUGGUCGAAUGAUCACAUUGAUGCCACAUGACGUAAUAGAUAUAUUCUACGACAUGGUCCUACUUCCUUCUAUUGGCCAUUUUAACGACAUCAGCUGGGACCCAUACCUCAAGCAAACCCUAGAGGAGGCAAGAUAUAAGACAAGGGGUGCUUCUGGUCGUCCAGGUGGACGGGUAGCUCCUAAAAUCAUUCCUUUGUCCAACGAUGACUUCAUGAGGGUCCAAAACCGGAUGCACGAGAUCAUCAAAGAUGGGCUUGAGCAGUUGAGUAUGUAUGGCUCAUGUUUUUUUGUGCUCGAGGGAAAAGGCAUUAAGCUCCUCACCAAGGACGGCCAGAGGGGACAAUAUAGUGGGCCAGAAGAAGCACUGAUUCGAAAUAUCCCCGAUCUUGAUUGGCAUCAUAUGCGGAAUAGGAAACACGGGGAACUCUUGGUCGAUAUAGGUGUCUCGUUGACGCCACAUGUAUCAACUAUUCCCCUAGUUGGGCUGUGGAGAUUAGACGCGUUGGAAGCCUCGUUCGGUGCAGGGGGGUACAAAAGAGGGGAUAUACAUCAUCACAACACCCUGUCCAGAUACGGGGCGAUGCAGGCAGAGAUGCAGCAAGAUAGAGCUCAUCAGACCCAUGUCUCAUUCAGGAGCGCGUAUAAUCUAUACUACGAAGCUGUGCGCACCACCAGAAAUCAAGUGAGCUUCGCUUCUGACAGCGAUGCUUACAAAUUAUCCCCCUCAUACAUGGCGGAAUGCUUCGAUAUUAUCAAGAUUUUGACCGGUUGCAAGAAAAAGACCUAUGGAGUCCGGGACGAGUAUAGGGUCAGUGGAAAGGCCGCCAUAAUCAUUUUAGAUGAGAUUAUUUCAAAGGUGAGCAAUUUGCAACCUCGAAACUUGGCGCAACACUCAUCACCAUACACCAAGGCGAAAGAAUAUGUAAAAUCUCACCCAAUCCUUUGGAUACCAUCCUAUGUGUGGUUCGAGUUCAUCGCGAGGCGAGUGCGGGAGAUUCAGAGAACUCAAAUCAACAUUGUUAAGAAAAAUCCUCCAAACCUGGGCGUCCUCACUGGCAUUCUCAAUCAUAUGCUCCGGGCCACAACAUCGACCCCUAUAGUCUUCGACAGUCAUGUGCGCGAGUCCCUUGCACUGAUCAAUUACAAGACGGUGUUAGAGACCGCGGGCAUGCUUUUCCUCCAAGAAUUUGACAUUUGCAGCACAACAUGCCUGGACGAGGUUCAGCAGGUCGACGAUGUACAUGUACUCGCUCUCAUGGGAGUCGAUGCAAAGGCGCAGAGAGACAGGGCAGUUGCCCUAGCGGAUGAAUGCAGAGAUGAUGUUGAUUCUGAAUCGGAGGAGUUUCCACUUGGAAGGACACCAUCAUGGAGACGUCUGAAGUUGGCCGUUGCAAACACACCAGCAGUAAUUAUGAGGCCAUGGACAUGGCCUGUGACUCUUUUCAAUGCCUCAGUUUCAGUUGGACGACUGUUCGUCAUGUUCACCCGGCAGAUAUGGCUCAUGCUCAUUGAUGGCGUGUUCAAGGGGAUGAGGCCAUACCCAACAUCUCUCCAGGAUGCCAUGAGAUGUUGGACAGUAACAAGUGUGGAUGAUACCCUUGCGUGUGUCACCUUCGAAGCAUGUAAUGUCGGAAUACAAAACCGUGCUGGAAUUACUCCAGGUCGCAUGGGUCCUAGGGCCAAAUCAUUUGCUGAUCGAUCCACGAUCUUUUUUCCGGAUCUACAUGAAACAAGGAAGGAUUGCUCACAGUGGGAUGAGUUGUGGAAAGGAGAUGGGUACAUUGCCGAGUAUCACCGGGCUCUGGAUGGAAUGGAAGAAGCACAACAAGCAGCACUUCGUAGCGAACUACACGAAGUGUUUUCCAACCUCCAUUGCCUUCCAGCGAGUGGUGGAUCUCAGGUCUGGAAGGUAAAACGAUCAGCAGCAGUCUUCAUCACCAACCCGGUGUUCUAUAGGAUGGAUUGCCUUGGGAACACCGAUAAUCAUACAAUCAGACGAACUAAAGCCCGUCGUCCAAUGAAAAUUCUCAAGGGGAAACGCGUAUUUGCAGCGGACCUCACGGACUCGAUCCAUUUUGAUGCCCGCGGAAAUCGUAGAGUGCAGACUGAUAGACAAAAGCGUCGAUGUCUGAUAAAAAAGAUGUCGAUGGCAAACAAGAACAAAAGGAUCCCGCCCCCUCCGCGUGCUCGCAAGAUCAGGCCCUUUCCCAUGGCUAGAGAACAAAUUUAG